CUCAAUUCACUCGUUCCAGGGUGACACACAGUUGCAUUGAGUUAUCCGAAGACGCGCGACGUGCGUGCAUGCGUGCGUGCAUGUGUCUUCGUGUGCGAAGGUGCCUUUUGCCCGCGAAAGGAAAUUUCGCGAGUUGUCAGUGUUUUAGUGAUUAAACAGUAUGUGUGCAUAACAAUUUCAUCUUCAAAUGUCAAUCUCGCGUUUAAUGUCUCGUAUUCAAAUUAUUGUUUGACAGCAUCACCGAAAGGAUAACCGGCGUAACAAAAAAAAAAAAAAAAAAAAUAGUUAAUGACACUCGAGAAGAAUUCACGGUGCCGGUGGAGGAACUAACCUCUUUAAACCACCCUUUUCCCCUUUUUUAAAUACUUUGUAAAAAAAAAAAACAUCAAAAUGUUUAAGAAAUUCGUGAUAUCGAUUCCAUUUUUACUGGUGAUUAUUUUGUGUUUGUGCAAUAAUAUCGUGGGAUUCACACGUUUUCGACGAACGAUUAAACAAAUUAAUGACAGUGUGUUUGAUAAUUGUCAUAGUGUUAAAACAUUUUUUGAUAGUCAAAAUAUAACUAUAAUAACGCUUGAUGAACCACUUGGGAAUGCAGACACAAUCUGCAAUGGACAAUGCUGCAAUCGAGAGGCAGAGGAGCAUCUUCAACAUCAGGCGAGAGCGGAUUUUCACAACCUGAUCCAUCAUCAUAGUCGAAGUCUCCAGGGUCUUUUGGCAACCACAGCGGAUGCCUUAAGGGAAACAGUAAUGGCGCUGGCUCGUCAAUCAGAGAAUAAAACAUUGAUUCUCUUUGAUCAGGUUUAUCGAUCAAUAGCUGUAUUGAGUAGACCAUCGAUAAUAGGACUCUAUCAAGCAAUGGUUGAUUAUGUCUCGCCAAAAAAUACACCUGAUACAUUGCAACAACCAUUGUCACGUGAUAUGCUUCAAGAACGUUUUACUGAAUUUUUUAUGCAACUCUUUCCAAUUGCCUAUCAUCGUACAGUAAAUCCAAGUCAACAGGAUUUUACAUCAAAAUUUAAGGAUUGCCUUUAUAAAACAAUGGAUGAAAUACAACCAUUUGGCGAUAUACCAAAGCAAAUUUCACGUUCAGUUGCAAAAAGUUUAGAAGCAACUCGUGUUCUUGUACAGGCAUUGACACUUGGUAAAACAGUAUUGGAUAAAACCGAUAGUGUACUAUUUUCAGGAACUAGUCAUCAUCAAUCGAAUUGCUAUAGAGCAUUAUUAAGAAUGACACAUUGUCCAAAGUGUAAAGGGAUUUCAUCGUCUGUUAGACCGUGUAAAGGAUUUUGUACAAAUGUUGUUAGGGGUUGUCUGACGGAACCAGCAUCGGAGCUCGAUUUAGCGUGGUCCGGUUACGUGGAAACGGUUGAAAGACUGGUUAUUGCUGUCGACGGUGUUAGCGAUCCUCUCGGCUUGAACGCCGAAAAGGCGGUCAGACAGCUGGACACCCGCAUUUCGGAUGCCAUUAUGCACGCAAUGGAGAAUGGGCCCGCACUCGAGGAAAAGGUGCGUAAGGCAUGUGGUCGACCGGAAUUUCAACCGAUGAAAGAUUUCCCAUCAAGUUCCACUACGUCGAUAAUAAAAACAGGAAGAUCGUCAUCAUCAAUGUUGGAGCAGCAUGUAAAUAUUGCAACGAAUCAUCCACAAUCAUUUUCUUCAUCUCAUCGAACAUCAUGGUCCACACAAUUACACGCACAGCUUGGUAAUUUUUUGGCGAGUGUCGUUAGAUCACGCUCUUUUUACGGGACGCUGGCUGAUAACAUUUGCGAGGAAUAUCCUGAUGAAAAAUGUUGGAAUGGAGAACGUGUUGGAGAGUACGUAAAGACCGUCGUCGACUCAAGUCUUCUUGCUCAGAAGUACAAUCCAGAAUUCACGUUAUCAGCAUCAUUAAAUAGUGCAGUCGUUGGAUUAAGCAAACAUGGCAAUAACAAUGGCAACACCAGUGUUUUAAUUGAUCAAUUAAGGCAUAUUAAUCAGGUGGUUCAAUCACAGUUAUCUCUUGCACCUGAUAUUGGAAUGCCUUUGGCUGACGAGGCUUUUGAUGGAUCAGGCAGUGGAGCAGGUUGGACAUUGACGGGACGAGAUCGCGAUACGGACGAUAGUGAUAACGAAGAUGAAGACAACGCGGGUGAUGAUGAAGAUGGACACGAGUCUUCCGGCUCAGGAAUGGGUCCAACUACAUUAUAUCCAACACAAGAUGUAAAUCGUAAUGGCAAUGGAGAAACACCAAAAGCAUCCGAUUCGACGAUAAUAUCGGUAUCGGUCAUUGCAUUGGCCACUUUCUGCAUCUCGCUAGCGGCUUAAUUUUCGACAUUAACUAUAUAUGUAUAUAUAUAUAAAGAAGCAAAAGAAGAAGCAGGACGAAUCCUCGAACGGUCGGUGCAACUUGAUGGGAAAGGAUUCUCAAAGAUUCUUGAGCCAACAUUCGCGAGAUGAAAGAGAGAGAGAGAGAGAGAGAAUGAGAGAGAAAGAGAGUCGAUCUGUAUAGUCGCGGUCAACGAACGCAAAGAAAGGAUGAUCAUUUGAAUUUUCUCUUUCAAAAUUAUAAAACAAUGCAGAGAAAAAUUGAAUAAAUUCUUUUUUUGUUGCAUACCGUGACAAAAAGAAUGUGUAUUCGUAAAAUAUUGAUAGUUUCUUUAUAUAUAUAUAUAUUUACAUAUACAUGUAAAAUAUAUAAACUUUUAGAAUGGUAUCUACUCAGGGACCGUUUAAAAUGACAAAUAGACCUAUUUAUUUUGAAAAAAAAUGGACGUAAUUUUAAUCAAAAAAAAAUUUUUUUUUUUUGGAAUAUUUUUUUAAAAAACAAAUUUAUUUAUUUAUUUAUUUUUUUUAAAUGAAUGAAACUUAAUGCUUCAAAAAAAAAAUGUUACUGAGCAUUAAGAAUAUGCUUUUUUUAAUAUUAAAAAAAAUUUAUCCGAGGGAAAUAGAUUUUAAAACUGUGUGUAUUUAGAAAAAGAAGAAGAAAAAAAAAUGGUGUUUUACAGUAUACAUGAUUGGAAAUAAUUCUCAUCUGCCAUGCGUUGCCAAAUUAAGAUUAGAUUGAAUUUAAACUUUUUGACUGCCAAAAUGCCAAUUAUGCAAUUUAAAAAAAAAAAUGAAAUUGUUAGGCAUCGAAUAUUGCGUCCCAGAAAUUAAAAAAAAAAAAAAAAGAAACACCGUUUAAAUCGAAUUUGUAAAUGAAACGAUCCCUGUAGGUAUAUUACUGGUGACGUGACGGCGUGUUCGAUGAUUCGUUUUGUACAUUUCUUGAGUUCGAAUCAUUGAGAGUUAGUGCCUUUUUAAAUAACACAUACACAUUCGGACCGUGUCACGUCUGUAAAAAUACCUAUAUAUAUAUAUAUAAAUAAUUAUGUACAGGGCUUUCUUUGCUAACGUAUAAAUGAACGAAUGAAUGUGCCUCUUUAUUAUUAUUUUUCAAUAAGAGUAUCUAAUUAUUUUUAUAUUACUCACUAUUUUCUUUCUUUUUUAAUAUUGGGCAUUUUUUUAAAAGCUUUAUUUCCUAAAUUUGAAUAUUGAUAAACAAAUUUAAUUAAUUUCUUUUUUUCAAAGACUGGAGGCAUGAAAACACUUCGAAUUUUGCACUUUUUUCUUUUUAUUAGAAAUAUAAAAAUCAAUUGUUGGUCAAAAUAAUGUAAAAAAAAAAGGGGGAAAAAAAGAUUUAUAGUAAAUAUGUGGCAAAAUGUAAGUGCUGGCACUUGCUUUAUUUAUAUAAAGUUGGAAAUUGAAAUUUUAGUAUAUUAAAUAUAAUAUCAACUUUAAUGAUUUUUUUCGUUUAGAUUAAUUUUUUUGAUUCUAUUUUCAAUAUUUUUCUUUUUUAGCUGGUCGCGUCAAAAAAUGCCUUUAUAAUUGGCAUAUAUCAUGCGUGGGACGUAUAUUUACACUAACUCUUUGAAUGUCUCGACUGUAGUUUUUUUUUUUAGGGUCCAUGAACCCAAUGUGACCAUGAAAAAAAUCAUGUUAAUCCAUUGUCCAAAUCGCUUAUUAAUCUUUUUAAAAAAUGUGUGUAGGAGACAAAAAAAAAAAUUCUCAUAUGUUAAAUAUCUACACAUCGUUUAUUUUUAUCAUUGAGUAUUUUAAAAAUUAAUCUUAAAUCAUUUUUAGAAAUUAAAAAUUUUUUUUCCUAUUAAAUUAAUUAAUUUUUGAAAAAGUGCAAAAUUCGAAAAGUGUAAGAGAAAGAGAGACUGACGAUGAGAAAGUAAUUUUUUGUAAAUAGAGAAUGCUUGUGAGAUAUUUAUAUGAAAAAAAAAAAUAUAUAUAUUAAUAUUAUAUGCUAUAUAUAUAUAAACCGACCUUAAGAUUAAGUGAUUGAAACAAUUAUUGAUAUUUAACACUAUUAAAAAAUUUGUUUAAUGUAAUUAUGUACAAGGUUAUGACCAUUGUACGCGUAUUUGAAAUUAUUUUCUUUUUUUUAUUAUAUUUUCUAUUUUUGUUCCUUAAAAUUUAUUUUAUCAUUGUGUGGAGAUUAAUGAAAAAUUUGUAGUCUCUAUAGGGAAAUUAUAUAAUGUGCGUUUAAAACGUUUCUUUUCUAGUUCACUAAUUAAUUUUAAUAUUUUUAAGAUAAGUUUUUUUUUUGUAAUUAAGAUUAAUUCGUCGAAAUUAAAAAGUGCUUGCAAUUUUUUUUUUUAAUUUCUCUAAUACUAAUAUUAAUAAUAAUAAUAAUAAUUAUAAUAAUUAUAACUGACUCUGAAUAUAAAGUGGCAAAAUUAUGUCUUCCUGUUUCUGAAUAAAAUUCGAGAUGACAUAUUUUUUCCCUCCAGUUGAUAAAUAUACAAUUCGGAUAAUAAGUCUGUUAAAUAUUAUGAUCCGAGAUUGUAAAAUGCAUAUAUAUAGUGUUUAAUGUUAGAUUUUUGAAAGCCUACUACGUUUGGCACACGUCUGUGAUUAUUUAACAAAAAAAAAAAAAAAAAGAAGAAGAUGAUGAUGAUGAUGAGAGAAAAGAGAAAAGAAAAACGAAAGAAAAAGGCGAAGAAAGAAUGAAAAAAAAAAUAUAUCUCCUGUUGGAAGAAUUAUUUUUUCUCCAAUGGUUCGUUAGUGAAUUAAAUUUCGAAAUUGUAUUACGUAAGUGAUAUAAAGUUGUGAAAAUAAAAAACCUAAUUAAUAUAUAUAUAUAUAUAUAUAUAUUGUAUUCUAUUAAUAAUUCGUUCGCCAGUCAAGUGUCAAAUAGACUCGUUUUUUUUUUUGAGCUGCCACUAAAACUGCAAAAAAAAAAUAAAACCUAGGUUUUUUAAACAACUGGAGUAAGUGUUUAACAAUAAAUUAUAUUUACCUUUUUUUUGCGAAAAAUUGUUAUUAUUUUUGUUUUAUUGGCGAGCUCAAAUUCAUUACAGUGCCAUGUGUGUCGAGAUUAGAAUUUUUAAGAAUCGAGAGCGCACAAUUUAAAAAAAAAAAAAAAAAAACUAAUCACGUUGCUUAUUAGUCAGACGCACCCGCAACUCCCUUCGAUUGAAUUAAAUGUAAUAUGUAAAAUACGCAACCAUCGUACCUAUUAUAAUAAUUAAUAAUAAAAUAUUAUCAGAAUUUAAGAAAAUUAUUAAACUAUUGACAGUUAUUAAGGUCGCGGCUCUCACGACAAUGUAAAAAAAAAACUGUUUACGAGUGAAUGGCGAAUAAACACUUAUGAAAAUAAA